AGUCUGACCUCAAGGGAGAUCCAUAGUCUCCCCUUACAGGAAGGGAGAGGCUGUUAAUAGAAAGGUUUUGUUGGUUUUUGUGUUUUUGUAAUAUAUCCAGUCUUCUCUUUAAAAGGCACUGCACAUGAGACAAAAGAAAGACCUUUACUUUGGUGAUGGACAAAGGAAAAAGGACUGGCAUAAUAAGGAAGCUAUAAGGAGGGACCUUGAGCGUGUGGGAAAUGGAGAGCAGGGAAAACCUUACCCGAUGACUGAUGCAGAGCGAGUGGACCAGGCAUACAGAGAAAAUGGCUUUAAUAUCUUCGUGAGCGAUAAAAUUUCUCUGAAUCGUUCCCUUCCAGACAUCAGACAUCCAAACUGCAAGAAUAAGCUGUACCUGGAGAAGCUGCCAAACACCAGCGUGAUAAUCCCAUUCCACAAUGAAGGAUGGUCCUCCCUGCUCCGGACAGUGCACAGCGUUCUGAACCGUUCCCCUCCUGAGCUGAUAGCAGAGAUAGUGCUGGUGGAUGACUUCAGUGACAGAGAACACCUGAAGAAACGCCUGGAAGAUUAUAUGGCCCAGUUCCCAAAUGUAAGAAUCCUCCGAACCAAGAAGAGGGAAGGGCUGAUAAGAACUCGGAUGCUGGGGGCCUCUGUGGCAAUAGGAGAUGUUAUCACCUUCUUGGAUUCCCAUUGCGAGGCCAACGUGAACUGGCUGCCACCUCUGUUAGAUCGCAUUGCCCGAAACCGCAAGACUAUCGUUUGUCCCAUGAUUGAUGUUAUUGAUCAUGACCACUUUGGAUAUGAGACUCAGGCUGGAGAUGCAAUGCGAGGUGCAUUUGACUGGGAGAUGUAUUACAAGAGGAUCCCUAUUCCUCCUGAGUUACAGAAACUCGAUCCCAGUGACCCAUUUGAGUCUCCUGUAAUGGCUGGAGGACUGUUUGCAGUCGAUAGAAAGUGGUUCUGGGAGCUGGGAGGGUAUGAUGCAGGUCUGGAGAUAUGGGGAGGAGAGCAGUAUGAAAUAUCCUUUAAGGUAUGGAUGUGCGGGGGUCGUAUGGAGGACAUCCCUUGCUCUAGAGUUGGUCAUAUUUACAGAAAAUACGUUCCUUACAAGGUUCCAACAGGAGUCAGCCUGGCAAGAAAUCUGAAGCGGGUUGCUGAGGUGUGGAUGGACGAGUACGCAGAGUACAUCUACCAGCGCAGACCGGAGUACCGGCAUCUUUCUGCAGGGGACGUCACAGCUCAGAAGGAACUCCGCAACAACCUCAACUGCAAGAGCUUCAAGUGGUUCAUGAGUGAGGUUGCAUGGGACUUGCCCAAGUUUUACCCACCGGUGGAGCCUCCUGCAGCUGCCUGGGGAGAGAUACGCAACGUAGGAACUGGGCUGUGUGUGGACACUAAACAUGGAUCUCUGGGAUCCCCGCUGAGGCUGGAAAGCUGCGUGAAGGACAGAGGAGAGGCAGCAUGGAACAACGUGCAGGUAUUCACAUUUAGCUGGAGAGAAGACAUCCGUCCUGGGGAUCCUCAGCACACCAAGAAGUUUUGUUUUGAUGCCAUUUCCCACAGCAGCCCUGUGACCCUCUAUGACUGUCAUGGAAUGAAGGGGAACCAGCUCUGGAGAUACCGAAAAGACAAGACCCUCUACCAUCCAGUAAGCAGCAGCUGUAUGGACUGCAGUGAGAGUGACCGAAAGAUCUUUAUGAACAGCUGCAAUCCUUCGUCUCCAACACAGCAGUGGAUAUUUGAACAUACAAACUCAACCAUCUUGGAAAAAUUUAACAGAAAUCUUGAUCUUUAAAAGACUGAGAAUAUAUAUAUAUUAUAUAUAUAUUUUACAAUUAUAGUUUUUACUGGGGAGGGUUACAAAAAUUUUUAAGAAUCCUUUUUUUAACAGUUAAUGAAGGUAAAAGGGAGAAUCUCAGGAGAAGGUAAACUAGCAGGCCAGUCUUUAUUGUGAAGAUGCUGCAUCCUUCUCUUCUGGUAAUGGUGGAGUUCUAAAGGCUUUGCCAGAGCCAUUUCUGUGCUGAGAUGAGAACAAAAACUCUGUUUUCAGAGGAGUCUGAAUGUGAUUCAAACUAUUUUAUUUUUAUUUUUUAACUGCUCUAUUUCCCUUGUGGGUCUGGUGUUAAAUGAUUUUAUUCUCUAGGACCCUCAAAUACAGUACUUUAUGUAGCUGCUAUACCACCUGCUGAAGCAUUCCCAAAUAUGUGCUUUAUCUUUCAAAUUCCAUCUAAGUAAAAUCUUGAACGCAAAAUUUAAUUCUCUGAUGUCACAGACAUAAAAAAGAAAUAGGCCAUCAAAAUGUAAAAUGAAAUGAAUAAUUUUUUUUUCCUGAAAUCAAAAUAUAUUUCAAACAGAUUGACUGUUAUUACUUUCCAAAUGAUAGCUUUGAUAAAGGAAAGAGCUCUAGAGGAAGUGCAGCCAAGUGUUGGGGUUAUUGCUGCAGUUAUUGGUGAUGAGGAAUCUGGGUUUCUGGUCCAUUUGUUUUGCAGUCAGUUUGUCACUCGCUGUUGAAUCCUCAAGGUGAAAGAUCAGCAGAGUUUUUAAGUGAGCGCAGUUCUUACAAGUUAAGAUUUUUGGAUACCAAACUCACUUUCUGUUCAGUACCAUUUUAUCAUGGAGACCUCUAGGGUUUCUUAGAGUUAAAUGUGAAGGCAACUUUUGUUUUUCCUUUAGAGAUUAACUCACUGGAGUGAGCAGAUUAAUUCAGAAUAAUUAAGUCAGGGCUGGGAUUAGCCAUUGGUUUAUAUCCGUUUGUAGUUUAUUCUAAUCAUGAGUCCUGUGGUCAGUGGUGUUCUAGGCCUGUGGGAAUGCACACUCCCUUUCUUUCCCAACAUCCGCAGAACUGUACAGUUUCCAGUGAUUGGAAACCUGCUGCUUAAGUAGAGAUGUGGAAUCAAGGGGCCAGUUUAGCUGACACCCUGUUCCUUGUGUAGUCAGUUAGCAGUGCAAGGUAAUACCCUUCUAGCCUGGCUACAGGAUCUACCAGACACAGAACCAGAACUGUCUCAUCCCUGAAGCUGGAAGAAAAUGCUGACACUGAAGAAUGAAUGGAGAGCUAUUAGUAUGAAGUCUGAGUUGAGUGUUUAAAAAAAAAACAACAACAACAAACAUGCUGGUUUUAAAUUGUUGCAAAAACAGUAAAUCAGCUAUCUUAUUCUGAAGGCAGCCGUUGCAUUUCAUGGUAAAGUCCCACAAUUUGUCCAGCUGUGCAUUUAGUAAUGUUAAAGGGGGAAGUAGCAUGCAACCAGCUGUGGGAGAGUAAAAGUCAGCAAGUGUUCAGGAUAGGUGCAGUACAGCACUCUGGGUCUCUAGAGAAACAUGGUUAAUGGAUGUGACCUCCUUGUUGGGCAAGGAAAGCUCUGUUCUGGCAUAUCUUUCUCUUCUGUUAAAUGACGGAGUUGGCUCUCACCUUUGCAGAGCUCCAGAAGAAGCCUUUCCUCCUGUUGCCAACUGUGGGAUCAUUACCUGUGCUUUAGAUAUAUUUGAGGUCAUAUAGAGCUGUGUCUGUAAGUUGGGAGCAGACUAGGACAGAAUUAGCUGCCUCUGUAGCUCUAACAUCUGUUACGCUAACUAUGAGGUUCAAAAUCAUUUCCAACUUUUGUAUCCUCACAGCUGAGGCUGUAUCUGACCUGCUCUAUUAAUUCACCUGGUACAGGCAGUCUCAGAGCAGGGGAAAAAUGGGCACUGCACUGCAGCUGGGUGUGGAGUUGCCAAAUGUAUUAGUGUCUAACAUUUUGGGAGUGAAGAAAGGAAAGAAGAUCUAGACUUCCUUGAGACAGUUCUGCAGCACUAUUGCUAUGGAAGUGAGACCAGUGUCAAUCAGAGUUGACAUCAUAUGUUCUCAGUAUCUGCAAUAUGUCUGUCAUUGGAAUCUCUUCUCAUUUCUGUGGGAGAGAGCACCGCUUUCCAGUGCUUUGUGUCUGACUUGCUUUCCUUAAGUUAUUAAUGCUCUCAUUAGUCUAGUAGUGCUGACUGUGGAUCACUAGACGGCCUGAAUAAAUGUCUUUAUGAAUGUUUUAAUACCUGUGGAACAAGAAGCUGUUUGUCCAUGAUCAGUGCAAUUUUUGUUUUUUAAUAAUUGCGACACUAUCAGCAAGUGAUGUUCGUGGACUGUAGGGCGUUCUGCUUGCAGCUUUGUGUGUUUUUGUUUUCUAACAAGAGGGUUUGUUUCUGUUUCUAAAAUGCAUGGCUUGCUUUGUACUUGGACUCACCUUGUGAAGAGAGCUUUGGAGUCCUAGCUGCUUGCCCUACUGGACGCUUGCUUCAGAAAGAACUACAGUAAUGAGCAGGUCUUUUACCACAGAGUGAUGUUAAUUGAGUGAGAAAGGACAGAUAGUAGCAGUAUGCAUCAAAAGACAUGGGGAUGUUGAGGCAUUUUGUCUUCAGUAACCAAUUACAGUACGUGGAAACCGGAGCUUUAGGGUGACUGGUCCUACUGGGUGCUUCUCAAUAUUGUUGAUCUCAUUUGUUUUCUAAAGAUUUGGGGUUCUGAACUUGUAAGUGCCCCACAAAUUCUGUACAUUUCUCACUGGCUCACUGGGCUUUGAGCUAUUAAUUUAUUUACAUCAGUUAUAAGUUUCAGUACCCUAGAGGCUUUGCUGACUAAUGUGAAGACUUAAUAUAGCCAACCAUCCACUGAUUGAGAAAUAGAAGCUGUAUUUCACCAUCUACAUCUUUAAUUGGGCCUUUGCUGGGCAAACUGGUUGAUUAUUCUGAUUAUGUCUGGUUAUUUGUAAGCAAAAUUGCUGAAGCAUGAAUACAUAAGCAAAUCUUCAUAUCUGCAUGCAAGCCAAGAAUGGAGAUUAAAUACCAGUGAUUAUCCAAUGCAAAAUGUUUUUCAUUUUUUCUCCUUAAAAUAUUCAAUCAAAUCCUCACUCCAUGGCUGCAUAAAUUCUGCUGCUUUAAAAUAUCAGAAUCCCAGACAAGAGUGAGAUCCUUGGAUGUGUGUUAUGAUGCAUAAUUAUACUUUGAUUUGCUCUUGAAGCUCUUGUUGUUUCAUACAGGUGCUAAUCUCCAAGGCCUACAGAGUAAUGUUUGAGGAUUUUAUGUAUGCAAGGUGUCCUUUUUCAUGCCUCAGCAUAUAACUUUGUUUUUCACAUUGUAGUAGAAGAAAGAGUGAGCCUUACUGAAGGGGAAUACAGCAUCCUUAAAAUAAAGAUGUGCCUUUUUAAAUGUAAAUGUACAGCAAAUGCUUAAACUUGAACCAUUUUCUAGUGCCUUGCUGGACAAGAGAGAAGAGGGGAAGGGGCUGGGGGGAUGAGGGUGUAUGAGAAAGCUUGACUCAUGCAGAAUUUGUGUGUGUGCAUUUUUUUAAAUGUGUAAGUGCAAAAUUUGUGUGGAUGACAGUAAUUCAGAAGCUCCUGGGUUUCCUCUGUUAAAUUGAUGUAAUUGAUGACUUGGGGGUGGGUAGGCUGGACGUUAUCACUAAUGAAUAAAGCUAGACCAGAGGUCGUCUUGGUUAGCUUUUGGGUGUUCAUGGUGAAGACUAAUGAGUUUCACUGGCAUGUGAGGUCCUGCCUUUCAUGUUCUGAGUAUCCAAAUAGGAAAUCACAAAUAGUCCCAAGGGCUUAUCAGAUCUGUAGCAGAAGUGUCUUGCAGAAAGUUGACAGUUCCAAUCACUAAGAAACUUUGAAAGGAUACGUUCAAAUCUAAUACAGAAGUAGCAAGAAAGCAAUUUCUCCCCUUAACUUUCUUCCUGGUUUGUUUUACUGUAACGUCUGUUACACAGACUUUGCUUUCCUUUACUGAAAAUUUCCAGGCAGCAAACUUUCCUCCUCCCUGCUGCACUGAAGUCAAACAAGCACCACCUGUAUUGCAGAACAUAUUGUUCUUAUAGUAGGAUCGGUAUAGUAGCUCUACUGACUCGCAUCACUGUGGGGAGAUGAGGGAGGUCUCUUAAAAGUUGUAUUGUGCAAUUGCAUAACUGCUGGGUGUAAAAAGGGAGAAGCCUUUAUUUUAAAUUCUUUCAAGAUACGAACAGACACUUGAAUAGUUUUGACUGGAGAGAACUGCCAGCCUCUAGCAGUCAGCCUGUAAUGUUUUCUUUCAGUCAGAAGAGUGCUGUUAAAAUUGUGUGAAACAGUCUGGCUUUGCUAGCAGGGGAUCCAAGUGUGCUAUCGGUUCCCAACUGCUGUGGUUCAAGUUCAUACUCACCUACUGUGUUUCUAAGCACUUGCGACAAAGGAGCCUGAUAGUGCCUAAGGGGUCCUUACCUGAGAAGCAGCAAGGUAGAUUUGUUUUAACAGUUAGUUAGCAUGACAAGCUUCUUAAAUAGUUAGCAAACUAUUGCCAAAAUGAUGAAGAACUUUAGGUUACUUCAGGAUCUGUGAAGACCGGUUUGAAAGGCCUUUCACAGGAUAUACACCGUAAAAGGGGAGCCAGGCUGGAGCCAGGAGCACUAGGAGGUCCUGCUCCAUUUCUCAGUGCAUCAAGCAAUAGGCUUGAUUCAAGCAGUAGGCUUGAGUCACCUAAGCAAGGUGAGUCUGUGAGCUGGAAUUUCCUAACCAGUGUAAGAUUUAGCUUUAAGUGCUUUAUUUUUCUACCUUAGUAGGUGUUCAGUUAGUUCCUUUGUAGUGUCACACUUUAACUUGGAGAUCUGUGUAUGAACCUAGGCAAUGAUAUAUUACAGAAAUCCUCAUUAAAACCCUAUGGCUAUAUUUUUAAACUCUGCUUCUGCUAGCUGAUUAUGCUCACUGCAUUUGAGCUUUCUUGAUACCUCUGUAUUACCCAAAGGACUUUAGUGAUUCCAGCAGUCUUAUUUAAAGACACUGGAUCCUGUGGUCUCAAAGCUACUAGUUCAACUCUUGGAAAAAAGUUUUAAUCCUAAUUAGAAAGCAAGCAAAUGAGACCUUCAACCACAAGAGGAGUUCAAAAAAAAAAAAAAAGAAGACCUGAUCAAGCUAAAAGAUGAAAGUAUUUACCCUUGUGAUAAAAGCAACAAAUAGCUUUAGUCUGUAGGGUGGUGAAGAGAAUUGGUUUUAAAAGAUAUUCUUCAGAAUCGUGGUGAUAAGAUCUAAGUUUGUCUAUACCUUGUACUGCAUGCAUUUUAUCUGUAAAACUGGAUGGUGCCUCUUGAAUCCGUGUAUAUUUAUUUCUGUGCAUAUUAGGACCAACAGCCUAAUAUCGGGGGGUGGUAAAGGACUUGUAGCACUUUAAUGUAGUAGCUUUCAUAAACUGGGAAUCAUUGAUAGAAUGCCUAGUGUUUUUAAAGUUGAAUGGACUUCCUUUUAUAAUGUAUUUAAAAUAAAUUUUUAAUGUGUUUUCUGAA